AUGCGCAAGCUGGGCGCGACUUGGUGGAAGAGUGACCAGGCUCUUGCCGUUGCUGAGCUCUUUGGGGCGAAGGAAAAGAAGCAUUUGCAAGACCCAGUCAUCAUCGCCGGAUGGCCCGCGAACGGCGGUGUCUGGGUGCUUACGAAACCUCGAAUAGAAGCGAUCAAGAUGGGGACGGGGAUUAUCAAGCUGGCGAAGGAUAUGGAAGAGCGGUGUCGUUUGAUCAAAGAAUUUGGUGGUACUUUCUACGAAGACGCAAAGAAAUGUCCUGAUCUAGAUCUUGCUUGA